AUGGACAGCGAUUACCAUUUGUCUGAGUUUCAACCUUUAUCCUCUCCCAUUAACUCUUAUGAAUCUAUUAUUCAUGAACCCAAUACUCGAACUCAACCCUUGGUUUACAAAAAGCGCCCUAAACUGUCAUCUUUGUACAGACACCAAGACGAGUCUAGAAAGCUUUAGGAGCAGCUGAGCAAGACCAUUGCUACAUCCAGUCUAUUUGAAAAGACUUUAAAAUACCUAGACCCUGAGAACACAAACACUAAUAAUGAAGAUAUUGAUGAUGAAUUAAGACAUAAUUUCAGUUUGAAGAGCGAUGAGUAAUCAACAAUGACUACUCAGCUCAAAGGAAUAUUCACUGAUAAGUAUGACACCAAAAACCAGGUCACGCCGAUACGAGGAUUUAUUGAUAAGUUAUCACAAGCUUACUACAUGAUUGGCAAGCGAGCCAAACCUACUUAUGAUAACAAAGAUCUAGUAGGAGUUAGAGCUGCUGAGUAGAAGAGUCUCGAUACAAUACAAAAGGCUAGAAUAUAUGCUGAAGCAAGCUACUUCUCCAACAGGUCAGCCAGAUAUAAAAUACGAAAAAGCUAAACAACAGGGGAGAUACUGGAAAGCCCCUCUCCUAAGAAGCAUUAUAUGAAGCCUUAGUUCCAGUCAAGCAUUGAAUUCCCAGAAAACAACAAUAUAAACCAGGAUGAAGAGUAGAGGAAAGCAAAGAUGAAAACGAUUAUGUAAAAAUAGCAAUAAAUUUUCCCAUUUACAAAUGAUCAGUCAAUAACUGAAUCUAGAGUGACAGCUCUGGGAAGCAUGAGAAAUAAGGGCAGUUUAUUUACCUCUCCAUAGUCUAAUGAAAAAGUAGAUCCUAUCGCUGGACAUAAUGAGACUUUUUAUACAAGUAUAAGUAAAAAGGAAAAAAAUGAGAGAGCGAAAUAAUUAUAGUUGCAACUUAUUGGUGGCAAAGUUUAAUUUCGAGAGAUACCGACUAGAAAAGCAAUCACUAAGCUUAUAAAUCAAAAGAACUUCGUUGUAAACAGCGAUUAUCUAGGUGAGGAGAUUUAACCAAUCAAUCUGAAUAUGAAUGCAAACAGUGGCUUAAACUUUAGAUAAAACAGACCACCUCCUAUGGUGGUUAAAGAAAGCGAGUACUUUUCUAGUAUGACAUCUCCUGUAUCGAGCAACUACCAGGAUAUAAUCUUGAAAAGCCCAUCUAUGAUGGCCAUUGAAGGAGGCUAGGGAACAAUAUAUGAGAUCGAUUAGAGAUAUAAAAAUAUAAGAAAUCCAAUCAACCUGAUUAAAUCAGAGAUAGCAGAGGAGUCUCCCUAUGCAACUACGCAUUCCAUAAGAUAGAGAUAGUCUCCAUAGUCAUCUUAGCAACCAUAUAGAAAGAAGGGCAGUGCAAACAAUAAUGCAAAUAACAUCAGUACAACAGGAGUGGGAAGUGGCAAUGCUUCAAGACAUCAUAUAAACUCUCAGGGAACAAACCGCUAGCCAAAACUCUAAGCUAACAACUACAAUGAUGAGUAUAGAGUCAUGUCAAGCAGCCCAUAAAGGCGCAGGUUUAAGAACAGAAGAGGGGAUAACUCUGAUUUAAGUGCUUGGCUUACUUAAACACCUAUUGAUUCCUAAAACAAUAUAACCUAAGGUAAUGCACAAGUAGAAAAUAGCCCAGUCAUUAAUACGUUUAAUGACUAAGUGAUGUCUCUUGGAAACAGGUAUAAAUGA